UUUCAGAGCCUGCAGCUGGAGCGGGAGAUGUGUCUGGCUUCAAACUGCACCCUGGCCAGGACGAACCUGUCCCUGCGCCCACGCCUGGAGGACGGGAAGGCUUCCCUGGCCAUCAAGUACCAGGAGCUGCGGGAGAUACGCGAGGCGUGCUGGGACAAGCAGCAGCGCCUGGAUGCAUACCUGGAGAAGUGGAGCCCACAGAGUGCCCUGGGCCAGCUCCAAGCCCAGCUGGAUGCUUCCGAGGCGGAGUCGGAG